GCGUUCGAUCCCCGAGCUUUGGCUCUUCGCCAGGUUACAGUAGAACCAGAAGGUUCUCCGGUGCUCCCCGGGAGACCCGCUGCGCUCUGCCCCGCUGAGAGGCGUGAUGUUCGGCUGCCUGGUGGCCGGCCGCCUGGUGCAGACGGACGCGGCGCAGGUGUCCUCCGGUAAGUUCGUGUUCUCUCUGCCGGACUACGAGAGCGUGAGGCACGUGGUGGUGUUCAUGCUGGGCUCGGUGCCGUUCCCCGCGGGCUCCGGCGGGGCCGUGUACUUCUCCUUCCCGGACCCGGUGAGCGGCGGGGCCGGCUGGCAGCUGCUCGGCUUCAUCACCAACGACAAGCCGAGCGCCAUCUUCAGGAUCUCCGGGCUGGCGGCCGGGGAGGGAGGAGCGCACCCGUUCGGCUGUUCCUCCUCAUCCGCCUCUUCCUCCAACUCCGCCGUGGCUCAGGUCGGUGUGUCGGUGGAGGCUCUGGACCAGCUGGCCCAGCAGGUCCCGGUGUCCGGUGCCGCCGUGUCCACCGCGGACUCCUUCAUGCAGUUCGCCCAGAAGACGCUGGACAGCCUGUACAACUUCGCCUCGUCGUUCGCCGUGACGCAGGCGCAGAUGACGCCGAACCCCUCGGAGACCUUCAUCCCGUCCAGCUGCAUCCUCAAGUGGUACGAGAACUUCAGGAGGAGGAUGAGCCAGAACCCCAACUUCUGGAAGACCUGAGACACUGAACCAAAGACUGAACCUCCUCUAAAGCACCCCUGACACAUUUAUAACAAAUAAAAGAAUUACACUUUAUUCUUAGUUUUCCUUUCCCACAACAUCUUUAUUUAAAUGUUUUAAUCAGGAAAAUCAAAACAAGAACGUUCCUCCUGCUUUAACAAAUGUUUUCUGAACAAAAGAGUGUGUUAAUUAAAAUAAACAUUUUACGUCAGAAAUGAGUCCUUCACUUAAUGUGUGUAAAACUAAAUAAAAGAAUCACCUCCAUGUCUAUAUACAUACAU